UACGCCCCCGAGGGAGAGGUUCUGAAGAAUGAUAAACAAGUGAACAGCGGUCAGUAUGAUGGCUUAGUUGAAUUGGCCACCAUUUGUGCUUUGUGCAACGAUUCCUCCCUGGAUUUCAAUGAGGGUAAGGGCGUUUACGAGAAGGUUGGAGAAGCCACAGAGACUGCCCUAACCACCCUGGUGGAGAAGAUGAACGUGUUCAACACUGACGUCCGCAGCCUAUCCAAAGUAGAGCGUGCCAACGCCUGUAACUCGGUGAUCAAACAGCUCAUGAAGAAAGAGUUCACCCUGGAAUUCUCCCGUGACAGGAAAUCCAUGUCUGUCUACUGCACACCUGCCAAGGCCUCCAGAGCUGCUGUCGGAAACAAGAUGUUUAUCAAGGGUGCACCCGAGGGUGUCAUUGACCGUUGUAACUACGUCCGCGUUGGAACCACCCGUGUUCCCUUGACCUCUGCCGUCAAGGACAAAAUCAUGACCGUCAUCAAGGAGUGGGGCACAGGCAGAGACACCUUGAGAUGCCUGGCCUUGGCCACCCGCGACACCCCUCCCAAGAGAGAGGAAAUGGUCCUGGAAGACUCCACCAAGUUUAUCAACUAUGAGACUGAUUUGACCUUCGUUGGUGUUGUGGGCAUGUUGGACCCUCCCCGUAAGGAAGUCACAGGCUCCAUCCAGCUCUGCAGAGAUGCCGGCAUCCGUGUCAUCAUGAUCACUGGAGACAACAAGGGCACUGCCAUUGCCAUCUGCAGGCGUAUUGGCAUCUUUUCAGAAGACGAGGAAGUGUCCAACCGAGCUUACACCGGUCGGGAGUUUGAUGACCUGCCACCAGCUGAGCAGCGCGAAGCCUGCAAACGUGCCUCCUGCUUUGCCCGUGUGGAACCCGCCCACAAGUCUAAGAUUGUGGAGUUCUUGCAAUCCUACGAUGAAAUUACAGCUAUGACUGGUGAUGGUGUGAAUGAUGCUCCAGCCUUGAAGAAGGCCGAGAUUGGUAUUGCCAUGGGCUCCGGAACUGCUGUCGCCAAAUCCGCCUCCGAGAUGGUGCUGGCUGACGAUAACUUCUCCUCCAUUGUGUCUGCUGUAGAGGAGGGUCGCGCUAUCUACAACAACAUGAAGCAGUUCAUCCGUUACCUGAUCUCCUCCAACGUCGGUGAGGUCGUCUGUAUCUUCUUGACUGCUGCCCUGGGUCUGCCAGAAGCCCUCAUCCCCGUCCAGCUGCUUUGGGUCAACCUGGUGACUGAUGGUCUG